AUGUCAUACGCUUAUCUAUUCAAGUACAUCAUCAUCGGUGACACCGGUGUUGGGAAAUCCUGUCUCCUUUUGCAGUUCACUGACAAACGCUUUCAGCCAGUGCAUGACUUGACUAUUGGUGUUGAAUUUGGGGCUAGAAUGGUUACAAUUGACGGAAAACCUAUAAAACUACAGAUUUGGGACACGGCUGGUCAAGAAUCAUUCAGGUCCAUUACAAGGUCUUACUACAGAGGGGCUGCAGGGGCACUACUAGUUUAUGACAUCACAAGGCGGGAAACUUUUAACCACCUUGCAAGUUGGUUGGAGGAUGCAAGGCAGCACGCAAAUGCUAACAUGACCAUAAUGUUGAUAGGAAACAAGUGUGAUUUGGCUCAUAGACGAGCAGUUAGCACAGAGGAAGGGGAGCAAUUUGCAAGGGAACAUGGCUUGAUCUUUAUGGAGGCCUCUGCCAAAACUGCUCAGAAUGUUGAGGAGGCAUUUAUAAAAACAGCUUCAACGAUCUAUAAGAAGAUUCAGGAUGGAGCCUUUGAUGUAUCAAACGAGUCUUUUGGAAUCAAAGUUGGAUAUGGCGGAAUCCCGGGACCGUCAGCUGGAAAUGGAGCUACUUCUCAAGGAGGAUCUUGCUGUGGUUGA